CCGAUAAAGAAAUUUGAAAAUCCUGUAGUACGGACUAUAAGAAUUGUAGGACGGCCGAUUUGAUGUUCUAUUUUCACGCUUUGAUUUAAAUUUUCCUGGGAGUGCCAGUUGGACCUGAAACCUUAUCUCUCUCAGUAUCUCCCACCAUUCUAAUUGGACAAAAUCUCACCACAUCAGCUCGGAUAUAGCUAAGGCUCCCCUCACCCUUCCCUCCCUCUCUCUCUCUCUCUCUCGUCCGAUCGCAAACUACCAAAGCAACUUCCGACUGCAAAACCAAAAAUCCUACACCCCGCACCACCACAUUCCGGCAACAUGGCCGCCGCCGCCGCCGUAGCCGUAGCCGUAUCGUCAUCCCUCUCCACAUCCCUCAAGGGUAUCCGCUUCAGGAACUGGUCAUCUGACCCUACCGCCAGAAUACCAUCAUCGUCUAACAAGUUUUUCAUAAAAAUGGGAUUAGUUUCUCAAACUCAUUCCACGGAAGCCUUUGUGCCCGUUUUAGCCCAGAAGUGGCGGGUGCCGAGGGUAUCGGCUGCUGUCGCGCAGGAAGAGGCGGCGGUGGAGGCUGCUGCACCGGUGGCGGAGGAGGCGGUGGAGGAGGAGAAGGCGGCAGAGGAAGUUUCAGGGGGAGGAGAAGGAGAGGGGGCCGGUGCUGUGAUCAACACUAAGCUCUACUUUGGGAAUUUGCCUUACCACUGUGACAGUGCACAGCUUGCAGGUAUAAUUCAAGAGUAUGGAGAGCCUGAGCUAGUUGAGGUUCUUUACAAUAAAGAUACUGGAAAAAGCAGAGGAUAUGCAUUUGUGACAAUGAGCAGUGUCGAAGAUUGCAAUGCAGUCAUCAAAAGCCUUGAUGGAAGCGAAUAUGGUGGUCGAAUCUUGAGGGUUAAUUUCUCAGACAAGCCUAAGCCGAGAAAUCAGCCUUUAUACCCGGAAACCGAACACAAACUCUUCAUUGGGAAUUUAGCCUGGACAGUCACUACUGAAAGCUUGACACAAGCGUUUCAACAGUACGGAAACGUCGUCGGAGCUAGAGUGGUGUAUGAUGGGGAAACAGGAAGGUCCCGGGGCUAUGCUUUCGUAUCCUAUGCAACAAGGUCAGAGAUGGAAGCUGCCCUCGAGUCUCUUAAUGGAGUGGAAAUAGAUGGACGGGCACUGCGCGUCAGUCUAGCGGAAGGAAGACGACAGUGAGAUGGAAACAAUAGGAGUAUGUGUAAAUUAAUAUGAGGCACAUUGAAGCUGGAUGUAACGUCGUUAAAUUAAUAUAUAGACGUGUUUGUUAACGGCGAUUACAGUUUUAUUGAGGAACUUCAUGGAUUCGCUUGCUAAUUUUGAGAGAAUAUUUUGUUGUUA